AUGAAAGAUGAGGAGGAACGCAUCUAUAUGUAUUCUGAUAUUUUUUCGCAUGGUCUGAGUGGUGAAGAGAACAGCGAUGCAGAAGAAGAACGGGAAAAGAAGAAGAAUAAAAAAAAAAAAAAAAAAAUUAAUGAUAAUAAUUUAAAGAAUGGAGAAAAUGAAUAUAGCAAGCUGAGGGCAGAAAAUUCAACCAUUUUAAAUAAUUACUUUGAUGCUGAACCCAUAAAAUGUUAUAAUCCUCAAGUGAUUAAUGCGUCUUUGCAGCAUGACUUUUUACAAUUUCCACAGAACAAGGAACACACGUUGAAUAUCUUCGAUGGGGAGCUCAACGAGAAUAAGCACUCCGUUCAAUUACGCAAGCCUGGGUUCUACUGCAUCUACGUGGAGAACAAUAACAAUAGCAAAUGGGACAGCAUCUACUUUGGGCUGUCGAAGAUGCAGGUGGAGCUGAAUUACAAACUGAUCUCGCAGAACGUAGGCAAAGACACCCAAGGGAAGGCAGAGCCCCAUAACAAAAAAGUGAUUCUACAUAAAAACCAACAGAGGAAGAAACACCCUUCACAUAACCAAAAGGAGGAGGAAGAAGAAGAUGAUGUAGGUGUACAUGUGGAGGAAGAAGAGGAGGAAGAGGAAGAAGAGGAAGAAGAGGAAGCGGAACAUGAACACGAUGAAGAUGAACACGAUGAAGAGGAACACGAUGACAUGAAUCUGAAGAGAGACCCGAUGCUACUAGACAACUCAGACCUAAAUGAAGAAAUUAACAAAAUCUGUAAUUAUAAUUUUGGUAACACAGAUAUUUUAUUUGAAGGGUCCAAAGAAAGGAAGAAUAAAAAGGACAAAAGUAACCUUAAGGGUAUUAAAAAAAACUACUACGAUAAUUUAAGAGUGAAGAAUAGGAGGAAGGAGGAGAGUAUUUUGUUUGAAGAAAAUAAAAUCAACACGGAAAAUUUUACUUGCACUUUUCACAAUGAAAAUCAGAUUAGGGUUCCCUCGAAAAAAAAGAAAUACGUUUACCUGUACAAUCAAAGUGUCAACAGCAUGCUACACUUGAAUGUGAGCACUUCUAUGUCCCUCGGCAUGACCAUCGAGUGCCGCUACGGGAUACUCUACUGCGGCAAGUACAACCAGAUCCCGCAUGACCCCUACACGCCGUUUAGAAAACCCGUGUCCAUACUGUCCCUGGACGGAGGAGGAAUCCUGGCCAUGUCUACCCUGAUCGUGUUGAACAGAAUUGAAAAUGAAAUAAGAAAGGAGAUAGGAAACGACGACGUGAAGCUGAUCGACUGUUUUGACAUGGUCUGCGGAACGAGUGCAGGAGGGUUGAUUUCCCUGGCCCUGUUAAAAGAGAUGGAGCUCCGAGACAUCACCAACCUGUUACCAAGUACCAUGCAAAAAAUAUUCGAAGGAAACAGAAAUCUCAUUUCAGGAAUUUUAUUUGAAGGUUACGACAUUAACAAUGUGAAGGAUUUGUUUAUGGAAAAACUGGGUAGCAUGUUUAUGUCUUCACAUAAGAAGGUAUAUUGCUUUGUGACGGCAACAGAUGUGAAGCACAAUCCGUAUAAGUUGUUCCUGUUGAGGAAUUAUACUCAUAAGUAUAACGCCAUAAGUGGAGAAGCUUAUGAAGGGAUUAAUAAGUUUCCUUUAUGGCUAGCUGCCUGGGCAACUGCAUCAGCACCAACAUAUUUAAAAGGACCCAGUUCUGAAGAUAUUAAAGAUCUGGGUAUUCAUGUGAAGCCAGAAAUACAUCUGGUCGAUGGAGCCUUGAAGGCAAGCAACCCUGCUCUUAUCGCAUUGGAAGAAUGUGCUAGAUUGAAUAAUAAAAAUCUCUCCUCCUUUAUUAAAGAGGAGCUAGAUACUCUAGUUUCAAUAGGGACAGGAAAGUCUCCAACCAAAUUAACUCAGUCAGGAGCUAGCGGAAAAUCUGCAUCUACAUUUGAAAUAAUUCUUAAUUCAGGUCACCUGCUAACCAGAGCAAAUGAAACACACCGUGAGGUGCUACAGUGGCUCUCCGACAGGGAAAAUACUUAUUUCAGAUUUAACGUGCCCAACAUAGGGGACAUCAACAUUGACAGCCAGGACAUACGGGAUUUUGAUCUCAUCGCCAAGGCCACCCGCGACUACCUGUUUGAUGAAAAAUUCUACGAGAUUAAACGCCUCGCGCAUAAACUCGCCAACAACUACAUGCGAUCCAGGUACCUCUAA